ACUAAACAUUUCAAACGUCAAACUUCGGAAGCAGCGAGCGGAAACGCAAACGAACCGACUUCAGAAUCUCCGACUUAAAUCCAAAGAAUAAAAAAGUUUUAAAUAUUAAUUAAAUGACAAAAGAGAACUACGUUUAGUGACAUCAAUCUAUAUGGUUCUACUAUGUGUUGUGUUUGUGAUCGUAGAAUCAACUGUAAGUGCCUUAUUGUAUGACAAACAAAGUGUCGAUAAAGGCGACAAGUACCUUGUGAUGAAAGUAAUAAAGAGCCAAUAACAACAUGUAUGCAGCACUGUUAACGUUGUUAUUACUGUGUGCACCGCAUCAACUACACGCGGAAGUCGGGGAUACAGAUCUCAAUGAACUCUCGGACAAACAGAAUGGAGUCAAGAUAAAUAAAUGCUGCGAACAUAACGAGAUUGUUGUGGACGGAGUAUGUAGGCUAGCAGAGAGAUACAACCAGAGUUUGUGGAUACCACAAUUUAAGACUGAGGAUGGCAACGAAGCCAAAGUAAAAUAUUAUAACUAUGUAUUUGGUGUGCCUGAUUGUGCCACCACACAACAGAGAGCUAUAUUUGAUUUAGACAAAUCCGAGGACAAGCUUAAUUUAUUAACCGAUGGCCGCUUACAACAUGUUAUCAAUCAUAUACCCAGCUCUGAUGUUAAAGAAGAACCAUUGUUAAGUAGCUUCAACCUACAUGACAGCAUAACAAUACCAGAAGAGAAGGAGCCGUCAUCUUACAUACAUAAUCAAGCUAAAUAUUGUAUGGAUAAGAUACUACUCACAGUAAAAGACUCGCAAUUAAAGAAAGGAGCUAACAUAACAGGCAAAUAUGCAUUAGUAUGUGUACCAGAGGUCAAAAUUAAUUGGAGAGAUACAAAUUUUUUGAUGAAGAAGAUUCUUAAUCCUUUAUUCCAUGCUAUUGCAAUGAUAUUAUACCUAUUGGUAGCAGUGAUAUACUUUGUGUUGCCAACACUUAGAGAUUUGGCCGGCAAUAUAAUCACAACUAUUAACAUGUGUCUGAUAGUUAGCCAAGCAGCAGAUUUAGUGAGAAUAUUCACUGAGUUCAGCAAUCAUGUUAGCUUCAUGGUCACUGAUAUCAUUCUGUAUAUCAGUCUACUCGCAGCAUUCUUUUGGCUCAACAGUUUUGGAUUUUAUGUCUGGAAAACGUUUAAGUCUCGCAACGUGUUUCUCCGCGUGACAGAUGUGCGCAAGUACUGUUAUUAUUCAAGCGUGGUGUGGUCCAGUGUGUUGGUAAUGGCUGGUAUGGCUAUAUGCGCACAUUUCCUACUCGACACUGGCACCAACCCUAACAGGAAGACCAGGAUCCAGUUCUCUUCGUCAAUUAUCAUUGACGAUGUUGAACAGGAAACUAUUGGGUUACUCGGUAUCGCGAUAUUCUUCACCCCAGUUGCAUUCACCAUAAUUUUCAACGUAUUCUUUUACGUUACGACGUUAAAAAUUAUAAAGAGAAUCAACAUUUAUGGGAGGAUACAUCAUAAACUCAAAGGAUGCUUUAAUUUAUUCCUUCAACUAUUCCUCAUAAUGACGACAGCGUGGCUGUUUUUAUUAUUAUCCUGGCUGAACAUCGACGAAUUGUUAUACGCACACAUCUUCGUGAAUCUAUUCCAGGCAAUUUUAAUAUUCUAUGUGUGCAUACUGCGACAGUCACAUGUAACGUUUUUGUUGCGCAAAAGUUGUUGUUAUGCCGAGCCUGUGCCUACGGGGGAGUGGGGAGACGAGAUGACUCACAUGAACGGAGGGAAUUACUGACAUAUCAUUGAAUAUCAAGUAGAAUCUCAUGAAUAGUUUUAAACGCCGGCAAACAUUAGCUUCACAGUAGAGGCACGGUCUGUAUGAAUGUGACAUAAUUAUUUAUAUGUGAUGAAAAUGAGCUAUGUUAGAUGUAUGGAUAGUUGUACUGUUAAAUAUUAUACUCAAAGUUUCACAGUUAUACAUAAUCUGUGUACAAAUGCGUGUGCCUUUUAUAUGUGCCUCAAAUUAUGUAUUAGAAACACCAACUUAGUGUUUAAGAUUGUUUCCCUUGUAUUUCAAUGCCUCUCUGAAUAUCUAUAAUAUUUCAACUAACUGUGAUUUUAAUAUGUAUUGAAACCGAGUGUCUUAUAAACAAGUAUACAAUUUAACUAAUAGUAUUUGGCAAGAAUUUAUGAAAAUGGCUUCAAAAUGUAGGUAUAUUUGGAAUGAUCUCUCGUGGUUUGGAAUUGAUUGCUCACAAAAGAUACUUAAAUUCGUUUAGGAAACUAACCAAAAUUAAAAUUACUAACACUAACAAAUUGAUAUUAUUGUUGUAUGUGACAAAAACUUUGUUGGAGAAUCUCAAUGAUGUUUGAGCAAAGAAUUGUAACGAGCCUAUUAUAAACUAUCUCUUUUCAUAUGUCCGUCCUUUUUCUGUACUAAGCAGCUAUAGGUGGUUAGUGAAUUUAUAUAUUAUUAUGUACAUGUACAUAGAUAUGUAUACAUUGCGCUCUUGCACUAUUAAAGAAUAAGUAUGAUAUUUUAUAUGUUCAAUAUUUUUACUUUGACUUUCUUUUACUUCGAAACUAUACGAUGACAAAACGGCAUUUAUAAAUAUUUUGUAAUUCAUUUUUGAUUUACUUUAAUAAACACAGCUAAAAUUUGUA